AAUGAAAUCUCAGAACAGAAAGAAAAAUGGUGGCUGAUGGUUUGUGAAACACUUUAGCUGAGGUGAUAGAAAUACAGAAUUAAAAUGUUUUAAGUGUUAUUAUUAGUUAAAAUUAUGGUAAAAUGUCGACUCCUGCAUCGGAACGAAAGUAUGGAGCUCAAAAGAUUCGCCUCACAAUUGUUUGUGCAAGGAAUUUGGCGAGGAGAGAUCUCUUUCGAAUGCCAGAUCCGUUUGCCAAAAUAUCAGUCAAUGGAAGUGCUCAGGUAUACACAACAAAUGCUGUGAAAGCAACCCUGGAUCCAAAAUGGAAUACACACUAUGAUUUAUACCUCACUAAAGCAGAUGGAAUUACAAUCAGUGUAUGGAACCAGAGAAAAGUGCAGAAACGACAAGGAUCUGGGUUCCUCGGCUGUGUCCGCAUCCAGCCAUCAACAGUGCACAAGUUAAAGGACACUGGCUAUCAAUGCCUCGAACUGUGCGAAGACGGCUCUGGCGAGACAUGUGGGGUCCGAGGGCAAGUGAUAGUGUCCCUAAUGUCCCGAGACGGGACGCGGGGCGAGCCCGCCUCCGCCGCGGGCGAGGGCUCUCCGCUGGCGGUAGUAGGCCCGGCAGGAGAUGUCAGAGCUCCAAGGGAACCUGCAGCGAACACUCAGAAGCCAUUGCCACAACAUUGGGAGGAGAGAUUCACGGCUAGUGGCAGAGCGUACUACGUGAACCACGCCCUUCGCCUGACGCAGUGGGAGCGGCCCGCGCCCGACCCGCGCGUCCCUCAUUCCCCCACCUCCCCCGCCUCGCCCGCCCCCGGCUCGCCCCUCACCCCCGCGACGCCCCUCACCUCGCCGCUGGCGUCGCCCGUCACACCGGUCGCCUCCCCGGCCACUUCGCCUACGUCGGACACCGAUGUUAACAAUGCGACCUCUAUCUCCAUGAGGCCCGAACCGCAGCCGCAAACUGCGGCGCGACGACAACCACCAGCGCCUGCGAGCUCCACUCCCACAUCUCCGACCACACCUGCAAUACCCGUGGCCGCCGAUUUACCUCCGGGAUACGAAAUGCGCACCACAGCCCAAGGGCAAGUGUACUUCUACAACAGCGGCACCGGGUCGUCGACGUGGCACGACCCGCGCGUGCCCACGCACCUGCGGCACUGCUCGGUGGCGGCGGGCCCGCUGCCGCCCGGCUGGGAGAUGCGGCACGCGCCUUCCGGCCGCCCCUACUUCGUCGACCACAACAACAAGACCACGCAGUUCACUGACCCGAGGCUCGCGUUGUCCGCGAGGCCGCCGGCACCGGAGCCCGCAGCCGCGCCGGCCCCGCCGGCGGCGCCGCCGGGCGAGGCGGGUGACGAGUUGCCGCGCUACAAGAGAGAUCUGGCCGCUAAGGCUCGCGUGCUACGCGCUGAAUUGCAGGCGCUGCAGCCACAGACGGGACACUGUCGGAUAGAGGUUUCACGCACUCAAGUCCUCGAAGAGUCCUACCGAUUGGUAAUGAAGCUCCGAGGCAAGGAGCUCCGCAAACGGCUGCUAGUGAAGUUCCGAGACGAAGAGGGCCUCGACUACGGCGGUGUAGCCCGAGAGUGGCUCCAUCUGUUGGGAGGGGAGCUGUUUAACCCCCACUACGGACUGUUCCAGUACGCGAAUGCUGGCGAUGACCGAUAUGCGUUGCAGAUUAAUGCUGAUUCUGGGGUGAAUCCCGAGCAUCUCUCGUACUUCCACUUCGCUGGCCGCAUCCUCGGCGUAGCUCUGUUCCACGGGCACCAGCUCGACGCGGCCUUCACGGCGCCCUUCUACAAGCAGCUCCUCGGCCGCCCCAUCACGCUCCGCGACAUCCGGGACGUGGACCCGGAGCUGCAUCGCUCCCUGUCUUGGAUGCUGGAGAACAGCAUCGCUGGAGUCAUAGACACAACGUUCUCCGUGGAAUGUUCGUCGUUCGGCGCCGUCCGCAGCGUGGAGCUGCGGGCCGGCGGCGCCGCGGAGCCGGUGACGGACGCCAACAAGCGCGAGUACGUGCGGCUGUACGUGGCGCACCGCUUCACGCGCGGCGCCGAGCGGCAGUGGCUGGCGCUGCAGCGCGGGCUGGCCGACGUGGUGCCGCCGCAGCUGCUGCGGCCGCUGUCGCCGCGCGACCUGCAGCCGCUGCUGGCGGGCCGCGCCGACCUGGACCCGGCCGACUGGCGCCGCCACACGCGCCUCAAGCACGUGACCGCCGACGCGGCCAUCGUGGGCUGGUUCUGGGAGGUGGUGGAGCAGUUCGACGCCGAGAUGCGCGCGCGGCUGCUGCAGUUCGUGACGGGGUCGCGGCGCGUGCCGCUGGCCGGCUUCCGCGCGCUGCAGGGCUCCACGGGCGCCGCGGCGCCGCGCCUCUUCACGCUGCACCUGGUGGCCGACGCGUCGCCGGACUCGCUGCCGAAGGCCCACACGUGCUUCAACCGCCUCGAUCUCCCGCCCUACCCUACGAAGGAGAAGCUUCACGAUAAGCUGAAGCAGGCCGUUUUGGAGACGGCCGGUUUCGCUGUCGAGUGACGGCGCGAACGAUAUUAUUAGUGGCUUGUAUAUAUCGUCGACUCUGUAAUGAGUCGAGCUGGGGAAAAAGGAACGUUAGCGCGGUUGGCGCUCGUGUCGUAAAACACGUUAUUGUCGAAACGCCGAUAAUGGGAGCGCCCGCAGCCCUGCCUUCCCUUCUUCCUUAAAAACGACACAUUAUUGUAGCCUCUCGAGUCCUAAGCUGUUGCGACUAGUCUGAGUUGUGUUGAAUAGAGGAUGAGACUGACUGAAUUUCUAAAUUAGUAAACAUGACAAAGAUGAUAUUCCCAUGAAUUAGAUUAUUAUUAUACAAAUUUGGAAUCGAAAAAGAUAUGGAUAGUUUACAAUUGUUACAGAUUACUUAAGCUUCUCAUAACUUUUGCUACAAAUUAACCGCGACGUAUAUCCGCGACCUUGUGAUAAAGUCUGUACUUUGAUAUUUGUACAUUUUUACCAUCUUUUCAAAAUAGCGGAUAUCUAUAUCUUAUAUAUAUAAGGAUUGGCUUUUUACCUUUUGUUAUAAAAAGUCUUUGUGGUCACUUAUGAUUAUGACAAGUAGGAAAAAGACAUAUUCAAGACAACUGAGUUAGUGCUUUAAUUUUAUAGAUUUACUACUAUAGGUACUCAAUAUUAUUUUGCUUAUAUCUGUUGACUUUUUUAGAUUAAUUUAGUCUAAAUUUUAUACCCAGUAGGUGUCGGUUGCACAAAUAAUAACGAUGUGAGUAUUUUAACUGACGAGGAACUUUCAUUUCAAUUAUUGAUUAUGCUCAAAAUCAGUGUAUUAUCAUAAGUUGUAUUGCCAUAUGAAUGAGAAACAUUGUGUUUUUCUAGCGAGUGGGCUUCCACAUGCUUUUAUUGACUUUCCGUUAUUAUAAAUGCAAAUCAUAUAAAUUUAAUGUGACGUUUUCAACUACUUCGUCGGUUGUUGAUAAGGUUGACUUCAAAUUGAAGCUAUAUGGAAAUAGCACCUUAUUGACAACCGACGAUAGUACCCUUUCGGUUGGGAAUGGCACAAAUAACCGCACAACGUAGUAUAGUUUUAUAUACCAUUUAUUUAUUUAUGUAUACCAUGUUAUGUUUACGAUUCUAUUGAUUGACUAAGUAGCUCCUGCUGAUAUGUACAAAGAUGUGUGAAUUACUAAGUACCUAUGUAUUUUUGUAAACUAUAUAAUAUUAUGUAUCAUAUUUACAAGCUAGUACAAAUUUAACGAUGCAUCUAUAGUAAUUUCCUCGUAAUUUCACAAUUGCCAGGUAUUUAUGCUGAAGCUGUGCUGAUGCCUUGACUGAGCACACAAAUACAUAUUAAAUAAAUUUAAGGGCGUGCUUACACUAGGUCGUCUAUCACCAACAUAACCAUGCUUUUACCCAUUAGAAACGACAGUCUACCAAAUGUAAAUACGCUCUUAUUUUCAAAUGCAGACAACAAGAAUUUUGUCAAUUAUAUUAACACAAUGAUUAUUCGAUUAUUUAUACAAAUAUAAUAUCAUAUUCAAUUCGCGUAUUUGUAAAUAUUUAGAGGUGACAAGGAUCAGUGCCUUUUAGUUGCUUAAGAAAAUAUAGUGUUUAAUUUUAAACUGAUAUGAAAUGAUUUAUUAUUAGUAUUUAAAAGCAUAUAAUUAAAGUAUUUUUGCACAAUAA